AUGAUCUAUUUCACGACCCCGAAUUGCAUCGAUUCAUGCCAAGAUGGAUAUCAGACAUGUGGUUAUGGUGAUGAUGAAAGGAUCGAAGAGUGGGAAAAAAGUAUCAUGCAAAAUAGCGAGGCAGUACCAAAGCAACUGAAGUUUAAUCUCCCUGCUCCUGAGUUGCCAUCCACUCAUCAAGCACUGGUCCAUCCUUUGGCCCCUUGCCCACCAAAUGUGGAUAGUCCCCCAGCUCCUCUCUAUUACCAUGCACAGCCUCAAGUCAAGAAGCGCAAGGUUAGUCCUGAGGUCCCUGAGGUCCCUGAAAGUGAGAAGAAAACUCGCUUUUAUACCUUUCUUGCACAUCAAGGUCCUGUUCAGGAGGUGGAUGAAGCCAUCUGUGGGCUUUUAAGGAAUGAGCUUACCAAUUUAAAGCUUUUCCCUGGUUUGAUUGAUGCGAAGCUCGAAGAUAUCACAUGGUAUCAUACAAGGGACCUUGAUUCAUUGACUGUUGCUGGAAUGGUGACCCCAGGAACUGCAGCAUUCCUAGAGAAUAUGAAGGCUAUUUUGUUCUGUGUGAUCAAUAGCUCACGUCACCUGAAGGUCAAGAAUAAGGUAGAUGUUGAAGACAAGGAUGAUUACGAGAUCAAGCAUACUAUUUAUCCUUUGCAAGUGUAUGCUAAUUUCUUACGAAAUAGCUUAUCACCAGUCUUUCAAAAGGGUAAGGAGCCAUCUGAGUCCUUUACCACAAAGGUUAACAAUGGUGGGCGUACCCUGAUUUGGCUGGUCUACCUAUAUGGUAUUGAAGUCCUCCUCUUCCCAAGCCAUUUCCAUUGGUCACAGCUUGGCAACCUGAGCCAGGCAGAUACCAAGGAGAUUGUCCUUUACAACAAUGGUAUCAGGAAACCACUAAGCACUUUGCUAUUUCCAUUUCAAAGCGCGGCUUUAAGCGAAAGCAAAAAUAAAUAG